CUUAAAAUAAAAAUUUGUUCAUUGUAAUUUUCUGUCAAAAACUCUAAUCUGACAAUUCCUUAAGCCUGUGAGCUUUACAGGAGCGAAUUAUUUGGAAGUUUAAAGACUGAGAAUGGAGUAGAGUCAGGGGAAACAAUUGCGAUUUUUCUGUCUCUUAAUUACACCCAGCCAAUCAGAAGUUCAACGGCUGUUCCUAACCCUUCUCCCUUUACAUAUCAACAUGGCCGGUCCAUCUUCUCGCGGUCAAAAUCCACACGGAGUACGACAGAUUGAACUAGAUCAGAUAUGGGAUGAUUUGAGAUCAGGAAUUGAACAUGUUUAUCAAAGACAAUACAUGAAUAAACCUCGAUAUAUAGCACUUUAUACACAUGUCUAUAAUUAUUGCACCAGUGUUCACGGACAGGGUCAAGGCCAAGGUUCGCAAGUUCAAGGUCGUGGCACCGGAGGUCGGAAACCUAAACCACCUGCAGGAGGAGCUCAAUUUGUGGGUCAUGAACUUUAUAAAAGAUUAAAAGAAUAUUUAAAAACAUAUCUUGUUAAACUCUUAAAGGAUGGUCAGGACUUACUAGAUGAACAGGUUCUACAGUUUUACACCAGGCAGUGGGAAGAUUAUCAAUUCUCUAGUAAAGUUUUAAAUGGUAUUUGUGCCUAUCUCAACCGACACUGGGUUCGUAGAGAAUGUGAUGAGGGAACGAAAGGAAUCCAUGAAGUUUAUUCUCUGGCUCUAAUUACGUGGAGAGACAAUUUAUUCCGACCUUUAAAUAAACAGGUCACAAACGCUGUGUUAAAAUUGAUAGAACGUGAACGCCACGGUGAGACAGUGAACACUCGUUUAAUCAGUGGUGUUAUAAACUGUUAUGUUGAACUAGGUCUGAAUGAAGAUGACUCAAGUGCGAAAGGCCCCACCCUGUCUGUAUAUAAGGAACAUUUUGAAACAUCGUUUUUAGAAGACACAGAUCAGUUUUAUAUCAAAGAAAGUACAGAAUUUUUACAGCAAAACCCAGUCACUGAAUAUAUGAAAAAGGGUGAAACACGAUUAAAAGAAGAAUUUAAACGAGUCCAACUCUACCUUCAUGAAUCUACACAAGAUGUCUUAGCAAAAGUUUGUGAAAAGGUUUUAAUUGAAAAACAUCUGGAAAUCUUUCACUAUGAAUUUCAAAAUCUGUUAGAUGCUGAUAAGAAUGAUGAUCUGGGUAGAAUGUACCAACUAGUGUCUAGAAUACAGGACGGUCUGGGUGAAUUAAAGUCUCUGUUAGAGACCCAUAUAUUUAACCAGGGACAAACUGCCAUAGAUAGAUGUGGUGAAGCUGCUUUAAAUGAUCCAAAGAUCUACGUACAAACUGUUUUAGACGUCCAUAAAAAAUACCAUGCUCUAGUGAUGACAGCUUUCAACAAUGAUUCAGGUUUUGUGGCAGCUCUAGAUAAGGCAUGUGGUAGAUUUAUUAACAAUAAUUCUGUGACAAAAUUAGCUCAAGCCUCGAGUAAAUCUCCCGAAUUACUAGCUCGCUACUGUGAUCUUCUCCUGAAAAAGAGUUCUAAAAAUCCUGAAGAGGCUGAGUUAGAAGAUACUCUAAAUCAAGUGAUGAUAAUGUUUAAAUAUAUAGAAGAUAAAGAUGUAUUCCAGAAGUUUUACAGUAAAAUGUUAGGGAAACGUUUGGUUCAGCAUAUGUCAGCUAGUGAUGAUGCUGAGGCCAGUAUGAUCUCAAAAUUAAAGCAAGCAUGUGGGUUUGAGUACACUUCUAAACUACAGAGAAUGUUCCAAGAUAUUGGAGUUAGUAAAGAUUUAAACGAACAGUUUAAAAAACACCUACAGGGGGAUUCUCUAGACAUUGAUUUCAGUAUGCAGGUAUUAAGUUCUGGUUCCUGGCCAUUUCAACAAUCAUGUACAUUUAACUUGCCAGUAGAGUUGGAACGAAGUUUUCAAAGGUUUACCACAUUCUAUAGUGCUCAACACAGUGGACGUAAACUAAACUGGUUAUACCACAUGUGUAAAGGAGAGUUGGUUACAAACUGUUUUAAAAACAGAUACACUCUACAGUCCUCUACAUUUCAAAUGGCAGUUUUAUUGCAGUAUAAUUUAAUGGAUAAUUUUACUAUACAGCAACUAUUUGAAAAUACGCAAAUUAAAAUGGAAUUGUUAACUCAAGUUUUACAGAUCUUACUAAAGUCUAAAUUAUUAGUUACCAAGGAAGCAGAAACUGAAUUAACCCCUCAAACUGUUGUCUCAUUGUUUACCAUGUAUAAAAAUAAAAAAUUACGUGUAAAUAUUAAUGUGCCAUUGAAAACUGAAGUGAAAGCUGAACAGGAAAUCACACAUAAACAUAUAGAGGAAGAUAGAAAGCUACUUAUUCAGGCUGCUAUUGUUAGAAUAAUGAAGAUGAGAAAACAGCUAAAACACCAGAAUUUAUUAGCAGAAGUUUUAAAUCAAUUAUCAGCACGUUUUAAACCUCGAGUUCCAGUUAUUAAGAAAUGUAUAGAUAUUUUAAUAGAGAAGGAAUAUUUAGAGAGAGUGGAAGGGCAGAAGGAUACAUACAGUUAUCUGGCUUAAUUUAUUAUCAGCUUUAACAUCAUCUAAAUUAGUCCUUUAGAUGUUUCAUUUAAAAUCACUCAUUGGAUUUGAAUUGGAUGCACAAAAUGGGAAUGUGAUUUGUUACUGUCACAUGAUUCCAAUUGGUCAUGUCAGUUCAAUAGGUCAUGGGAUUCUAAUAGGUCAUGUUAUUCAAAUUGGUCAUAUAAGUUCAAUAGGCCAUAUGAUUGGGUCAUGUGAUUCUAAUUAGUCAAAUAUCAAAUUAUUUAUAAGAUUUAAAAUUGGCCAAAGGACUUAGAUUGGUCAUUUGAUUCAAAUUGGUCAUGUGAUUUAAAGUUGGUCAUGUGAUUUUGAUUGGAUCUCCAAUUAUGACACCAAUUGAAGAAUAUGUCAAUUUGAUUGUUCCUUAGUGAUCUCAUAUUUGUUAUAUUCUCUUGAUAAAGUCCAGUUUGAAAUGGGUCUUGUUCACAUUUGGUAUAAGAACAUACCGAUUUGAGAAUCUAGGUUUCACUAAUUAAAUCUUAAAGUCCUUACACAUUGUAUGAUAUCUUAUUUAUUACUCGGUUAUUGACUCUAAACAUCUUCUACAAUCUGAUCUUACUUGGCUGGAUUAAGCCAAAU